AUGGAACAAAGAGGACGGGAGCGUCGGCCUUUGCUCGGAGUCUUGGCGCUGUUUUUAUUCGUCCGUUCUGCUUCCGCACAGCUCAGAUAUUCCAUAUCCGAGGAGCUCAAUGAGGGGACUUUUGUUGGGAAUGUUGCGAAGGAUUUAGGAAUAGAGCUGUCUUCAAUAAAGCAGAGGGGAUUCCGCAUUAUGUCCAGCUCGAGUGAACGCCUUUUCAAGGUAAAUGAGAACGACGGGGCCCUUUACGCAAACCGUAAAAUUGACCGAGAGGAGGUUUGUAAGGAGAGCAGUGCGUGCCUGAUUAAUAUUAAAACCGUACUUGACAACCCAAUGGAGGUGCAUUAUAUCACAGUGGAAAUAAUAGAUAUAAACGACCACUCCCCCACAUUCCCGGAGAAGACAAAACGACUGGAAAUAUUCGAGUCUGCUUUACCGGGUGCUAAAUAUCAGCUGCAAAAUGCAUAUGACCCGGACGGUGGUGUAAACUCCGUGCAACAGUACAAAAUCAGCCAAAACGAUCACUUCCGCUUGGAGGUAAAAGAUCGAGGGCGAGACGGCAAAACGCCAAUUUUGCAGUUGCAGAGGCAGCUUGACAGAGAGAGCAAACGCAACCAUAAACUGGUGCUGACAGCCAUUGAUGGGGGUACACCUCCCAAAACAGGCUCGGUUGAAAUCCUCAUCGAUGUUCUGGACGUGAAUGACAACAUGCCGGUGUUCACUAAAGAGACUUAUUCUGUAACGCUGCAAGAGAACGCCCCCCUGGGUACGACUGUCAUUCAAGUUAACGCGACAGACUCUGAUUUUGGCUCCAACGGGGAAGUUGUUUAUUCGUUCGGAAGUGACGUCAGAGAUAAAAUUAGGCAAUUAUUUAACAUUGAUCCUGUCACUGGGGAGAUUAUUGUGAAAGGUAACGUUGAUUUUGAGGAGCAAGACAGUUAUGAUAUUGACAUCCAGGCAUCAGAUAAAGGAAGUAUUCCAUUCAAAACGGAUAAAAGUGUAAUUAUUAAAAUUAUUGAUGUGAAUGAUAAUCGUCCAGAGAUAGAAGUGACGUCUUUGUCUCGUGCAGUGUCUGAGGACUCUCGACCCGGGACAACCGUAGCUCUCAUCAGUGUUACAGAUUUAGACUCCGGCCUUAACGGUAAAAUAAUAAGUCAUGUUUCGGAAGAGUCUCCUUUUAUGUUGACUGCAUCGAUGCAGGAUAACAUGUAUGCUGUUGUUACUAAGUCCCAGCUUGACAGGGAACAAAAACAGGCAUAUGAUAUAACAAUAAUUGCUAAAGACUCAGGUGAACCAGCUCUAACCUCCAAGCAGAUGAUCAGUGUUUUUGUUUCAGACACUAAUGAUAACAGCCCGGAAUUUUUAUUGAGUCCAUACACUUUCUAUAUUAGUGAAAAUAACAAACCAGGGGAUUCAGUCUUUUCUGUAAAAGCGUUUGAUCGUGACGAAGGGGAAAACGCCCAAAUAUCUUAUCACAUUCUGAGAAACAUAGCAAAGGAAAAUGGGCACACAUCAUUUCUGAAUAUCAAUUCUGAAACGGGAGAAAUUCUGGCACUGAAAAGUUUUGACUUUGAGACGCUGAAAAGCUUCCAGUUCCAAGUGGUGGCCACAGAUGGUGGAAGUCCUCCCCUGAUCAGCAACGUGACAGUGAAGGUGUUCAUUCUGGAUCAGAAUGACAACGCUCCAGUCAUCCUGUAUCCGGUCAGCUCCAAUGGUUCUGCCCAAGGUGUGGAGGAGAUUCCUCGCAACAUCAAAGCAGGAGACUUGGUGACCAAAGUCCGGGCCUACGACGCUGACAUCGGCUAUAAUGGCUGGUUGCUCUAUUCGCUGCAGCGAGUCAGCGACCACAGUCUGUUUUCUUUGGACCGCUACACGGCCCAGAUCAGAACACUUCGCUCCCUGACGGAGACGGACGAGGCCGAGCACCGCCUGCUCAUCCUGGUCAAAGACAACGGCAACGUGUCGCUCUCGGCGACGGCUACAGUGAUCGUCAAACUCGUGGAGCCCAAAGAGGCUUUUGCUGCUUCAGACGUGAAGAGUGUGGCCACGGUGGACGAGGAGGACAAUGUGACUUUUUACCUCAUGAUCACUUUGGGGUCGGUGACGCUCCUUUUCGUCAUCAGCAUCAUCGUGCUGAUCGCCAUGCAGUGCUCCAAAUCCACCGAGUACACUUCCAAAUAUCUGCAAGAAACCAAUUAUGAUGGCACGCUGUGUCACAGCAUCCAGUACAGAUCGGGAGACAAACGCUAUAUGUUAGUUGGACCCCGAAUGAGUAUUGGCUCCACCAUAGUACCGGGCAGCCACGCCAACACGCUGGUGCUCCCUGACAGGAGAAACAUUUCCGGGGAGGUAAGAAUCAUUAACGUAUUACAUUUUAUUAUGACUGUGAGAGAAUAUGCCACAUUAAAUCAAAAGUUGGCUGAUUGA